CAUUCGGUAAUCAAGAUCUGACGUAUGAACCGAACCACCAUCGCAUCAACGUGAUCGGAAAUACUUUGAUUUAACUCAAACAUUCUAGUUAUAUGUAUUAAGUAAGACAAUUUAAGCAUAAAGUUUGACAGAAUAAAUCUAGAAGAUGUCUGCAGCUCAAGCAGUUCGCCGACCGCGGAUCCAGCAAGCGAGAACACACGAUUAUUUGUACGACCCCAUUUAUACAUUAUCAAGUGAAAGAGACCAUGGCAGAGCUACAUUCAGAGCUAAUACUACCGUGGAGAGAGUGGGUCGAGUUCCCCAGUUCAACACCAUGUUCAGUUCCCUUCGCCACUUCCCAAGGUUCAACGUCCGCCUGGAUCCCACCGACCCCGUACCUCGCUUUGUGUCCAGGCAGUGGAGGGGCUACGCAGACCAGGGGAGGGAGGCUCUUGUCAGAUAUAAGACAUUCAACUAUGCCCCUGACCUGAAGGUGCCCACCGUUCACCAUCCCGAAGCCCAGGUCGGAGGUCAGAAUCGCUACAAGUACUUCAGACGUCCCAUCAUACCAUUCCUACAACAAGUCCCUCCAGAAUUUGUCAUGGACAACUCAUUGGCACAUAUGGGAGGUCAGUCUGAUCAGGUAAUGCAGGAGAGAGCCCCGACCCCUCUCCACAGGACCGUGGAGAUCCAGACAGACUACAGGGAGAGUGAGACCCAGACAGACCCCUACACGCCGGAGUAUGUCGUUAGACCAGGAUCUCAACCAGAGCUCCUCACAUUGGCAACACUCUCAUUCGGUCAUGGUUUACCAGCGGGCCUUGCUGAGGUGGAGAUGAUCGAGAGAGCUAGGGCUAAGAGAGAAUGGGAGGCGACUCUUCCACCCCUGAGUGACGUGACUCAGCUGGAGAAGAGAAAGAGGAUGAUGGACGAGAUGGAGAGGAAGGAAUGGACUCUCAGAGAGGAAGAGAUUGAGAAAUUGCAGGAGGCCAGACUGCAGCUCCUGCAGAAGAUCCUGAAGGAGCGUGAGGAGAACCACGCCAAGCUGAGCGCUAAGAGACUGGACAAGCUCUGGGCCAAGAAGCAGCAGGAGAGGGAGAGGAAGGUCGCUUGGAUCCGCAAGGAACAUGUCAAAUCUAUACGCAAGCUGACCGUGAAGAGGCGGAACGUCGAAGGCAAGCUGGAGAGACGUGACAUCACCAAGGACUAUUCUGCGUUCGCUUCAGAGGCCUACGCCCCUAGGACCAGACAUGGUGUCUUCCUGGACAAGGGCUCUGAACAGUACACGGUCAAGAGCAAGUACAUCACUACAUACCAAGGUCUGCUAGAGCUUGAGAACUCGCUCCCAGACUUUGUGACCCAACCCAGAGUGAUCGCUCCAAAACCCAAAUCCUCUGGCAAGGCUGGCUUCAUCAAGCGAGAGCAACGGAGACAGAAUGAACUCAAUGAGAUAUACAAAGGGAUCAAGGACCAAAAGAAUAAAGGGGUGGAGCCUCCUAAACCGCUCAAGUUCCUGCAGAAGAUUGAGAAACCGAUACCAAGACCACCUACACCUUCCGUGGAAGUACCUGAUUUGGUGGAGGAGGAGAGAGAGCUUGCAAUCGUCUUCCUUCAACAAGUCAUCCGAGGCAGAGCUAUACAAAACAUGAUGUUUGAAGGUAAAGAAAAGAGACAGGAGUUGAUCAAUGAACUGAGAAGCACCCAUGCCUUACAGGAAGCAGAACAACAGAUCAAGAAACAAGACAGACAAGCUACACUUAACAUACAGAGACAGAGACAAGUACAUGACCAUAGGGAAUCGUUCAUUGAUGAGGCCAUGUCCAAGCAGGAGGGGGCCGCCCUGGGUGACAUGCUGGACUUCCUGAGCAAGGAGCUGGUACGCCUCCAGGAGGAGCGCAGGAUACAUGCCUUCGCCAUGCUCGCUGAGAGACGACGCAGGGUCAGGGAGGCAGAGGAGUCUGGCAGGAGACAGGUGGAGGAGAGGAGGAGGCGAGAGGAGGAUGAGAUCUUCAAACAGCUGGUCAAGGUCCAUCAGAACACUGUGGAUACGUACCUCGAGGAUAUCAUCCUGACCUCCAUGGACAGGACAGCAGAUGACCAGGCCAGACAGGAGGUCCAGGAGAGGGCCCAGCAGGUCAAUGAGGUGGCAUACUUAUCUGAACAGAGAGGUGAGCAGAAGGAGACCGUAGCUGAACUGGUCCAGAUGUUCCUUCUUCCUGAGGUCCAGAAGAUCACCAAUAGAGAAAAAGUGAAGCAAGAGCAGCGCAAGCACCUCAUUGCCGCACAUAGCACCAUCCACAAAGAAUCAGAGGGUGUCAUCGGCUUACACUCUAAGCCUCUGAGAGCACAAAGCACCGAUGAGAAGCCUCCAUCUAGACCAACAUCUGCAUCCAAGUCUGAAAGAAAGACUCCAUCUCCGACGGGUCAAAAGGUCACUUCUCGUCCACCCAGCGGUGCAGCUAAAGGUCAAGGGUCAUCCAAGGGGUCAUCGAGACCUAGCAGCGCCAGGAAGGGGUCGGCAGAAGGAUCACAGAGAGGAAGUAGGGCAGGUUCACCAAAGGUAAAGAAAUCCCCAUCAUCAUCACCAGCUCCGCCAUCAUCACCUCAGCAAGACAGCAAACCAGCCAUGGAGAGUCAGGAACCACCACAAGACACACAAGCACCGGCGACCAGCUCACCAGCACCACCAGCAGAUACCCAGGCACCACCAGCAGAUGCCAAGGCACCACCAGCAGAUACCCAGGCACCACCAGCAGAUACCCAGGCACCACCAGCAGAUACCCAGGCACCACCAGCAGAUACCCAGCCACCACCAGCAGAUACCAAGGCACCACAAUCAGAUACCCAGGCACCACAAUCAGAUACCCAGGCACCAAUGGACAUAUCUGAUCAGCCACAGGCACCGACUAGUAGUGAAGAGGCACCACCAGUAGACACACAAGCACCAAUGGAGGGUGUGUCUGAUCAAUCAGAGGCACCAACUAGUAGUGAGGCAGCACCGGCAGAGGGCAUGUCUGACCAGCCACAGGCACCAACUGCAAGUGAAGAGACACCGGCUGUAGCAGCACAGCAGGGAGAAGCACCAUCAGAGGCACAAGCAGAUAGCACGGAAGGUGGCACCACGGGUACCAUUGAACCACCGGAAGUGGUAACGGCAGGGCAGAAACAAGAACCACCCAUCACCGAAGAUCAGGCUAGUGUACCAACUGAGACCCCAGCUGCACCAGAGGAGGGCACCGCCCAACCAACAGAAGCACCUUCUCAGGGCGAAGGCACCUCAGAGCCAGCAGCAGUACCAAUGGAGGAAGCCACCAAACCACCACCAGAAGAUCAGCAAGGAACCGCAGAAGUAGAAGAAGUUCAGGCUGAGGUCAGGCAAAAGACAGAUUCUGCUACACAAGGAGAGCGCUAAAGCUAUCCAUACUUCCCUCUUAUAUGAUUUUCAAACAAUUUAGUUAUAACUGUUCAUACCUUUAAGACCUAGAAUUCUUUGUUGAUUUACAUUAUCUUUAUCUAAGUGAAAAGAAGAAGAAAACAUCAAAUCCAUGGUUUGAUUUUGUGCCUGAUGUAGUCUUGCAUCUUUUGUUAAUCAUUGGAACUAGAGUCAGAUAAAAUUGAACCAGCAACAUUCCAGCAUUUGAAUCUAGGAACGAAAUAAAAAAUACAAAAUGUUACAUUUGAAAUUUAUUUGAUGCAAUUUUUGUACCAGAU